UCACAAUUCAUCGUGACUCACGUACUUGUCCGCAUCUCCUCGCGCUGGAGCGUCCGCUUAUAAUUUCAAUCUACGCGGCGGUAUAGUUAGUAUAUAUCUCCAGUUGCGAGCAAUGCGACCUAGCACAAGUUCACUGACAGGCUGAUACACGGCAGUUUUACAGAUGCAAUUACAUCGUAUCGCCAACUGUAAUCAGUAAAGAUCAUCUGAUAAAAAUCGGUGACUGCUGGACAAUGGGACCCUUCGAAAUUCUAUGCGGCAUUGCCGCUGUAGUUCUCGCUCUUUACUAUUUCCUCACAUCGACUUUCGACUUUUGGAAAUCACGUGGCGUUUCUGGUCCACGACCGAUACCAGGAUUUGGCAAUUUUAAAGACGUUAUGUUUAAUAAAAUAUCAAUAGGUGAUUAUUUUACAAAAGAAUAUAACGCCUACAAAGAUGAACCAUUCUUUGGGAUAUUCGCGAGGAAGACACCAAUGCUUAUUGUAAAAGAUCUAGAAUUAAUUAAGGAUGUUCUUAUCAAAGAUUUUACCAAGUUCGCCGAUAGAGGCCAUCCCAUUUUCGAAAAGGCAGAACCACUAUCGCAACAUCUCUUCUCGUUGGAACCGAAGAGAUGGCGACCGUUGAGGAUAAAACUGUCGCCUGUUUUUACAUCUGGUAAACUGAAGGAAAUGUUUUGCUUAAUAUCAGAGUGUGCGGACAACCUUAUCCAAUAUAUGGAAAAAAUAGCGAGCACAGGUGAACCCGUAGAAUGUCGCGAGCUAACGGCCAAAUAUACGACAGAUGUUAUCGGUAGCUGUGCAUUCGGUAUCGACAUGAACGCACUAUCCGAUGAGGACAGCGAAUUUCGUAAGAUGGGAAGAAAAGUAUUUACUCCAACCUGGAGAACUUUCUUACGAAUAAGUAUCAGACAAGUUUUUCCAUGGCUUUACAACAUGUUCGGUUACGUCUUGCCGCAAACAGACGUUACCAAAUUUUUUACACGUGUUAUCGUGGAAAACAUGGAAUAUAGAGAAACAAAUAAUAUCACUAGAAACGACUUUAUCGAUGUGUUGCGUGAAUUAAAGAAACAUCCAGAUAAAUUGGGCGAUAUUGAUUUGACCGAUAGUUUAUUGGCUUCUCAAGCAUUCGUAUUUUUCCUUGCUGGUUUUGAAACGUCGUCCACUACUAUUAGUCAUGCGCUCUACGAAUUAGCAUUAAAUCCAAAAAUACAAGACAGUCUACGUGAAGAAAUUGACGAAGUCUAUGCAAAAUAUAACGGAAACUUAGGAUACGACAAUAUAAAAAAAAUGAAUUAUUUAGAUAAAGUUUUCAAAGAAACCUUACGGAAAUAUCCGCCAGGAACAGCUCUUAUGAGACAAACCACAUCAAGUUAUACUUUCGACGGUACUAAAGUUACUAUACCGAAGGACAUGAAGGUGUUUAUUCCAGUUUAUGCGAUUCAUCGAGAUCCGAAUAUUUAUCCAAAGCCAGAUGUCUUCGAUCCAGAAAGAUUUAAUGACGAAGCGGUGCAAAGCAGACACCCAAUGACUUAUUUACCUUUUGGCGAUGGACCAAGGAAUUGCAUUGGAGCGCGUUUCGCUGUAUAUCAGACUAAACUUGGACUCACAAAGAUACUACGAAAUUACAAAAUCGAGACUUGCGAGAAAACUCCAAUACCAUACAUAAACGAUCCUAAAGCGUUCAUAUUAUCACCAAUAGGUGGAAUACACUUGAAAAUAAUUAAAAUUAAUCGAACUUAAUUUGAGUUGUUCUAUAACUGUCUACAAAAAGCAUAAUAAAAUGUGGAAGAUAUCUGUUAAUUGCUAUAAUAAUAAUAGGAGUUAUUACUCCGACUGUUAUAAUCA